AUUAACAAUGGAAUAAUAGCCACUUAGCAAUAAUAGAGUAAGAACUCACUUUAAUAGACAAUUAGUAAAAUAUAGAAGAAGACUAAUUAACCUAAAAAAGGGAAUUAACAUCUUAUGAAGCUUGCCUUGAUUGUUGUGGAAAUGUUUCUGGAUGUUUAAGAGUAUUACCAAACAAUUAAAUUUAAGGCUUGGCUCCCAUGUAUAUUUUGUUGUUGUGAAAAUCCAUUCUAUGCAGUCUAAUAGAGUUCUGUUGGUCUAGUUGAGAAGUUUGGUAAAUAUCACAGAAGUUUGCCAUCAGGUUUAAAUUAAAUCAAUCCUUGCACUGUAAUUUUAAGCAUAUUAUGUAAAAGGAUGCUGUAAUACCAGUGGAUUUAAGAACAAGAGUAUUAGAUUUAGAUCGAUAAAUCAUUUUAACAAAGGAUAACAUAUAAGUUAAUAUAGAUACAUGUAUGUAUUUUAGAGUUAUUGGUAUGUAACUGAUAUUUAAACACUAAUAAAGACCCUGUACGUGCAACAUAUAGAGUAUCUAGAUUAACUCAAUCAGUAAAGGAUAUGACAUAUGCAGCUUUAAGAUAGGUUUGUGGUGAACACUAAUUGUAAGAUCUAUUGGAACAUCGAGAAAUGGUUUAAGAUUCAAUAGAAGCAUAUUUAGAUAAAUAAACAGAAUAAUGGGGAAUAUAUAUUGAAGAAGUAUUCAUUAAGGAUAUGGUAUUAACUCCAUAAAUGUAAUCUGAUUUGGCAGCUGCAGCAAAAAACAAAAGAAUUGCUUAAGCCAAAGUUAUAUCUGCAUAAGCGGAUGUUGAAAGUGCAAAAUUGAUGAAAGAAGCUGCCUAAGCACUUGAUAGCAAGGCUGCUAUGUAGAUAAGAUUCUUAGAAACCCUUUAAAUGUUGGCUAAAGGACCUUCAUAGAAAUUAAUGUUUUUGCCAUUAAGUCCAGAAUCUUAAGGAGCACAUAAUGGUUGAG